CGACCUCGACCUCGACAAUGACUACUAUGCCUGCGGACGAUUUGCCCACUGUUAGCUCAAUGUCAGAGACGAAUCUAGGAGAUGAACUCGCGACAGACGCUCCACAGGAACUUCUGCUAGUCAUCUUCAUCCAUGGGUUCAAAGGGACGGACUCAACGUUUGCGCAAUUCCCCGAAAGGUUGCAGCAUGUGCUAUCCGAGACGAUACAGAAUGCUCACGUCGAGAGUGUCGUCUUUCCGGCGUAUGAGACUAAAGGGGAGCUGAACGCAGCUGUGAUCCGAUUUUCAGACUGGCUCACCAACCUGACAGUUGAGCGGGAGGUCGCGAACGGGCUUGGUGGCGGCGCAGGCAAAGCAAAGAUAGUCCUUUGCGGACACAGUAUGGGAGGUCUGCUCGCUGCAGACGCACUCAUUGAGUUCGUGCGCACCCGCCCUGACCAGUCUGCCCCACUCUGGCCAAACAUCGUCGCAUGUCUGGCAUUCGACACUCCGUAUUUCGGCUUACACCCCGGUGUAUUCAAAAAUACAGCUAGCCAAGCGGCAGGUUAUGUCAAGUCCGCGCACGACCUGUUCUCCGCAACGACGUCUUUCUUUGGCUCCAAGUCAACGUCAGCACCGGGUGUAGUCCCCAAGGCUGCGCUCCUCCCUGCCCCGGCCGGUCCAGCAUCGCCCUGGAAGAAGUGGGCGCCCGCAGCAUUCGCUGUAGGCGGUGCCCUGCUUGCGGGCACAGCAGCAGGGACAGCAUAUUACAAGCGAGAGGAUAUCGGGGUUGGAUAUACGUGGGCCACGGAUCACAUGAAGUACGUUGGGACCCUGUGGGACGAAGCUACGCUCAAGAAGCGGGUGGACGACCUCAUGCAGAUUGAGGAGAAUAUGGGCGUAUUGUUCCGGACUUUCUACACCUACCUCCGCCCAUCUCCCCCAACCCACCUCACGCCCCGCACCUUCAUGAUCCUCCCCAAAGCGCCCUCAGAGUGCGUCUCGCAUUUCCUGCAGGCCCCGAACAGCAUCGCGAGCGACGAGAUUGAGGCGCACAUGGGCAUGUUCGAUGCCAAGACGAACGACGGCUACUACGAGCUCGGGCUCAUCUCCGCGCAGCUCGUCCGCGACGUGAUGCUCGCGAGUCGGAGCGGCGACGUGGACACGAUCCGCCGCACGGCGCAGCAUCCGAGCGGCGAAGAAGGCGUGACAAAGCUCGGCGAGGACGAGGGUGCGCGGCUUGCGACAGAGGCGGCCGAGGCUGCACAAACGCAGGGUGCCUCGUAA